UUGAUAGUUCAAAUACCCGAAGGAAGGAAAAACUCCAAACAUAUAGUAACAAUUAGCUAGGUAGAAAAGAUCGGGUAAGGUCAGCGUCGACCUGUUUUUAACAGAAAUAACACCAUAUUAUGCCGUUGGUGUCUCAUAGCAAGAUUUGUGCUCAAAUAACUCUGUCCUUCGUGUCAUGUUUAAAUUUUACAAGCUGGGGAUGUAAUCAAUAAAAUACAAUGUCUAUUUCAAUUCCGCAUUACAGCGCAAACCAAGUAUACCAUCGAGAAGUGCAACACUCGGCCCGAAAGAUAUGUCAAUGUAGCCGACGACAGCCGAAGAGUUGUCAACUUGCGAGAAACGAGAACACAUAUCGAUGCGGAAAGGAGAUAUCUUUUACGGAUCGUAUGACACAAUUCUAUGAUUUUCCACUACAACUAGAAGAUUUUCAGAAACAGGAGUUACACGGCUCGCAAGACCAAGUAGCAGUAGCAGGCAGCGAGAUAAAACCAUUUCUAUCCCAGUAUACAUACUACAGAUUGGUGAUUUGGGUACAUUCACUCGCCCUUUUUUACUAGACUUCAAAAAGAAGAUUAUUGUCAAUUCGUCUGUAUUUUUGUAGCAUGUUUUACUGAAUUACAAAAAAACAAGCUAAUGUAUAUGUUAAAAUUAAUAAAAAAGCGGACCCAUCGGCAAGUAAAACCUUUCGAUCGAAAAAAAACGGUGUAACAGAGGCGGAGCUGUGCACACAUAAAAAUGCGGACAAAUUGAUAACCUCCUUCUCUUUGAAGUCAGCUAAAAGUCGAAGAAAAACAUGAUUUUAAACAAAUAUGCAUUUUUUUAAUUCUCUCUUCCAUUUUACUUAGCGAUUUAUCUGUUACUUGUCCGAUAGUAUAUUGUCAUCCCACUCAUUUUUCUAAAAAAGAAAAAAUAGAAAUAAGGAAAUUUUCGGAAAUCGUAAUUCACGCUUUUUGGAUAUCGAAUUACGUAACGGAUUCAGUCGUAAUUUGUACUUUUCGUAUACUUCACAUUUUAAAAUGACUUUGUGUUAACAUCAUAAACAUUAAUGCUAGUUCUAUUCGCAUAAAUCUAAAUUUUCUUUGUGAAACAAUCACGACUUAGGCUGAAAUUUAUAGCCAGUACUUAGACUUUGCUUAGACUUCUCAGAAUCAAAUUUAUAGUAGUUAUGGGUUAAGCAUAUGCUAAGCCAGAGCUAAGACAAAUUUUGACAGUGUUUUUAUUCGCAUAUAUAUUUUUGGUGAUUCAAAAAUAAAUAUUGAUAUUUACAAAAUUUUACUUUUUGUAAUACAUGAUUCCUAUAUAAUUAAACUUAAUUAUUUUAUCGAAUAGUUGUUUAUUUUGAAUUUACUAUCUAUAUUAUGAGCAAAGCCACGAAAUGGCGCUUGUAUGGGUUGGUAAUCGGUAGAACUGAACAAGAUUAUUUGACUUGACAAUGUAGCUAGCGAUUCUGACAUACGACGCAUUUCUCCUGGAUUUUGGCUUAACUGCCUGAACAUUUGAAGAUUUUAUCCUUUUACGUUGACCCUGGCACGAUCUUAAGGACUCUCGAUACUUUAUCAUACAUUUGGUUUUGGCUUACGAACUAAAAAGGAUUUUCCGAUGGAUAGAUUGGAUUUCGUCAACAACAAAUAACAAAUAUUGCUUAGAACAUCGGCUCGGUGGGUACAUAUGAUAAUCAAAGAUAUCAGACAUUGUAUACUGAAGAAGACACGUAUGUGAAUUAUGUUUAACGCUCAUCAACUCUGUACUAAUUUUCUCUUUUCUAAUAUAGAAUGUUUGUGGCGAUUUAUUGAGCUUAAACUAUCUACAACGUGCAUCAUCAUAAACAAAGUUUCAAGAGAAUUGGCUCAACUUUAAGCGCAAUUUAUACGUUUUCCGUCACAUCUACAGACUGUAAUAAGCAAAUUCGAAGAAUUUGGUAGUACUACCAACAAUACGGCCUGUAAAAUAUAAUUCUUGUUAAUACAAAUAUUUCUUCUUAAAUAUUCGAAAUACGGUUUUUAUUUUUUUCCUUUUAUCGCUAAAAUCCGUGUCCGUAAGCAAAAUCGAAGUCCAAGGGAAGUACAAAGUCUUUGGAAACGGAGUGGUCAUCAGAUAGAUCCAGAAUAUACACAAAAAGGUUCAAAGAACACACGUACUCCAUACUAACCAUAACAAGUAAACUCCUUCAAAUCAAAUCAUCAAAUUUUUCUGCUAUAUCAAUUAAUUUUACCAUAUCAUAAAAAAUAGUAGUCGAGAAACACGUAAGUUUUCGGCAAAUCAACUAUUUUGAUGACUUAGCAUUUGCCAAGCUCGUGCUUGACAUUAAUAGAUAUUAAUAGACAUAUGCUUAGCAAAUGCUUAGCAUAUGUCUACCAAUGGCAAACUCGUAAGAUAAGUCAAAGCAAAGUCUGAGUGACGUCUACAAAUUUCAGCCUAAGACUAGCAUAACAAAAGUAGUAAAACAACGUGGGAAUGUAAGCAAUGUUUUGUUGCAUUACAUGUUCCUGAGGGUUUUGAAUAAUAUGAA